CUUUCCAACUACAGGCAAGACGGAAAUGCGUCGUUCCCGAAUGUAAGUCCAAUUGUAUGCCGAUAGGGGGCCAGCGGGCUCCGCCGUUAUGAACCGGAGACGCGGAAUCAGGACCCGGGGUGUUCGACUGUCUGGAGGGCUGUGCACCAGGAGACCCACACCAACAUCAGAUGCUCUGAUGCUGAGAACAAGCAAACUGGUCUCCAUGUGAAGCUAUCCCAUGAUGCAACAUGUGUCCCCAGCACCAGCAUUGACCAUGAUGGCCACACAGAGCGUCCCUCCACCAUCGUACCAGGAGAGCCAACAGAUGACAGGCACUACGCAGCAAAACUCAAAGGCCCAGCAUGUCCACAUCUCUGCAGCCUCGGCAGCAGGGGCCACAGCGGUCAGCGUGACCCUUGACCCCCAAGCUCAGCUGGAGUCAGACAAGCGAGCCGUUUACAGACAUCCUCUCUUCCCUCUUCUGGCCCUUCUCUUUGAAAAGUGUGAGCAAGCCACACAGGGAUCAGAAUGCAUCACCUCGGCCAGCUUUGACGUUGACAUUGAGAACUUUGUCCACCAGCAAGAACAGGACCAUAAGCCUUUCUUCAGCGAGGACCCUGAACUAGACAACCUGAUGGUGAAGGCGAUCCAGGUGUUACGGAUCCACCUGCUUGAGCUGGAGAAGGUGAACGAGCUCUGUAAAGACUUCUGCAACCGUUACAUCACCUGCCUCAAGACCAAGAUGCACAGCGACAAUCUGCUUCGGAACGACCUGGGCAGCCCGUAUUCCCCAUCACAGACCAGCCUCGGUCUGCAGCAGGAUCUCCUCCAAAACUUAUCUCCGUCCCUCACCUCUGUAUCCAGCACCGUCAAUCCCUCUGGGAUCGUGGUCCCUGCCGGCUCGCUGCAACAGAACAACGUUGCCAUGACCACUAUCAACUCUCAGGUGGUCUCAGGUGGGACGUUGUAUCAGCCAGUGGCAAUGGUUACCUCACAGGGGCAGGUGUUAACCCAGGGUUUACCGCCGGGAACCAUCCAAAUCCAAAACAAUCAGGUGAACCUGGACUUGUCUUCACUCUUGGACUGCGAUGACAAGAAAUCAAAAAACAAAAGAGGCGUUCUUCCCAAACAUGCCACAAACAUCAUGCGUUCCUGGCUGUUCCAGCAUCUCAUGCAUCCCUAUCCCACAGAGGAUGAGAAAAGGCAAAUCGCAGGACAAACCAAUCUUACCUUGUUACAGGUGAACAACUGGUUUAUCAACGCCCGCAGGCGUAUACUGCAACCCAUGUUGGAUGCCAGUAAUCCUGACCCAGCCCCCAAAGCCAAGAAGAUGAAAUCCCAGCACAGACCCACACAACGCUUCUGGCCUGAUUCCAUUGUAGCUGGAGUCCUGCAGACACACGGAUCCCACACUAACUCAGACGGCUCGCUAGGAAUGGACGGCCUGCAGCCUUUGUCCUCGGAUUCCGCCACGCUGGCGAUGCAGCAAGCUAUGUUGGGAGGAACCGACGACUCUAUGGACGGGACGGAGGAUGAAGAUGAAGAAGAAGAGGAAGAGGAUGGAAUGGACGAUGAGGAAGAUGAAGAGGAAGAAGAAGAAAGCGAUGGCAUUAGACGGAGAGAUCUGGGCCUCAACCAUCACGACGGACUGGACAAGGGCUCUUCGGCACUGUCGAGUAUAAAUAGCGUGAGAAAUGACAGAGUUGCCAGUAUGUCUAUUGCCAGCUCAGCCGCCCAGGCGAUGCUCUCCGAUGCCCUGCUGAGGGACAGUAACGGCGACAAUCGCAUCAAGCACCUGGAGUUGGAAUUGCCUCUGGAUAAAGUCAUCAAGUUCGUGUCUGUGGGCCUGCCGCUCCUUCUGGUGUCCAUGGCCUUUGCCAGAGAGAUUUCCAUCGGCCCACAGAUCAGCUGCUUUCCUCCAAACAACUUCACAGCAAAGCAGGCAGAAUAUGUAGACACAUACUGCUGGGACUCCCUUAUGCAUCAUGAGUUCGACACAGAUGGGAACUUCGAAGAACGUUCACUGUGGGUGCACAAAAUGUUCCCAUACUCCUUAUUGGUCAUGGCGGUGAUGAUGUACAUACCUUCCUUGAUAUGGCGUUUUCUGGCCGUGCCCAGCUUGAGCUCUGACUUGCUCUUCAUCAUCGACGAGCUGGACAAAUCUUACAAUCGUUCUGUCCGUCUGGCUCAGAGCAUCCUGGAGCUCAAAGAGAGAUCCGAAGACCCCCUGCAGUUUCAGACUGAGCUUGAGAGAGCCAGGAGCAAGCGAUACUUUGAGUACCCCCUGCUGGAGAGAUACAUGCAGUGCAAGCACAGCUCCUACUUCCUGGUCAGCAUGCUCUUCUUGCGAGGUUUCCUUCUGCUGACCUUCAUGUCCGCAUCGUGCCUGUACCUGGUUUACUUCCAUCUCUCCGCCUUCCUCCAAGAUGAAUUCAGCUGUUUCGUACGCACCGGGCUCCUGCGUGACCAGCCCUGGGUGCCUGAGCUAGUUCAGUGUAAAAUGACGGGCCUGCUUGUGUUCCAGGUCAUUAGUGUGGCUAACGGCGCCAUCUAUGUACUGCUGGGCCCUAUUGUUCUCUUUAGCCUGCUGCGCUUGUUCUGUUGGGACACGACCUUUCUCUCUCUUUAUGAGGUGCUGCCCGCAUUAGGCCUCAUCAGCGGACAGAAACUGGGCUGCCCGCUUAAUGACCUCAACGUGCUGCUUCUCUUCCUUCGCGCCAACGCAGCGCAACUGCGCUCGUACGGCCGCCUGAGGGCCGUGUGUUCCCUCGCGCCUCCUCGACUGAAGGGAGGGAACCGCAUGCUGACGGCGGAGCAGGCUGAGGAGGCGGUGGAGGCUGCAGAAGAGCUCGAGGAGGAGAUAAGAGAGGCCAGAGAGGAGGGCAAGCUCAAUCUCGUCGACCUCAUGACUUUGCUGGGAGCAGCCAGAGGGAACGCAGUGCACUGCCCAGAGCAGCGCCCUCUUGUGGAGGAGGACAUGACGCUCGAGCCUAACCGCCAGGUGUACCAUGAGUUGGAGACUACAACAUGUUGUUUUGCCUAAAACACCGACCAAUGGACUGGGCCUGUAAGAAUUUAUAAAUGGCCUCAGAGCAGC